AUGCCACCGCAUCCGUUGCCGUUGGCGGGGAAGGUGGGGGUGAAGGUGGUGGAGGGAGAGGACUCGGCGGCGGCGAAGGAGGUGGCGGCGAAGGAGGCGGGGAGGGAGGAGGAAACGGGGGUGGAUUCGGCGGUGGGGAAGGAGGAGGCGAAGGCGGUGGUGGACUUGGAGGUGGUGGGUUUGGAGGUGGUGAUGGAAAAGGCGAAGGAGGAGGCGAGGGGGGAGGACUCGGCGGCGGGCUCGGCGGAGGACUUGGAGGAGGCAACGGCGGGGGCAAAGGUGGCGGACUUGGUGGAGGGACAGGUGGCGGAGCCGGCGGUGGCGGCGAAGGAGGAGGAGGCGGUGGUGGCGAACACGCCGGCGUACUUGGAUCUGAACACGGCGAAGCUGGAGGUGACGGUGGUGGUGGAGGACUCGGCGGAGGAGAAGGUGGUGGAGGACUCGGCGGAGGAGAAGGUGGUGGAGGAGAGGGAGGGGGUGGUGAGGGUGGUGGUGGACUCGGCGGCGGAGGAGGCAAAGGAGACGGCGGAGGAGGCGAUGGACUCGGCGGAGGAGGCGAUGGGCUCGGAGGAGGAGGCGAUGGACUCGGAGGAGGCGGAGAAGGCGACGGUGGAGGUGGACUCGGCGGAGGAGGAGGCGAUGGACUCGGUGGAGGUGGCGAUGGACUCGGAGGAGGUGGAAAAGGCGACGGAGGAGGUGGACUCGGCGGUGGCGAUGGACUUGGAGGAGGACACGACGUCACGCCACAUCCGCACCCAAUAUCGGUAA